CUGUCAAUAAGUAAACCUGCAGCAGGGACAACUCCCCACACAGAGUCUGAACCUGAACUCAGCGCCGUCUGCACACAGGUGUCAGACAGGAUGGUGAAGCUGCUUCGAUUCUCACGGAGCUGAAAGAACAAGGUAAACAACAGCUAAACAACAUCUGAACUACAUAAAAACAACAGACAUCAUGGCGGCAGUUGGAGCCGAGGUCACGGCAUCCUGGUUCCUGUCAUCGGGGGUCGUGGGUUUCCUCGUCAUCCUCCUCCUCCUCUCCAUCUUCCUCAUGGCUCUCUGCAGCAACUGCGGCAGACGUUCGUUUGAGCUGCGAGAUUCAGAGACGGACAAAAACCCCUCAGCUCUGAUCAGAGUGGUGAAACUGGAAGACACCAGGGAGGCGAGAGAGAAUCCGAUGAUCAGUGAGAUCCAGAACGAUGAAAAAGAGUUUACUCGUCAUGUGGGAAACUCGUUCACUCCGUGGAGGAGCCACUUGGGGGCGCCAGAGAACAACCAAGAUGUUCAGACCAAUGGCAGUGCAGCAGUGAUGGAGACAAGAGGAAACUCUGAUGCUGCUGGAGGAGGAGGAGGAGGAGGAGGAGGAGGAGGAGGAGGAGAGUCGAGUCCUUCAGAGAAGUCGGUGGAGGUCGUGCUGUGGAGGAGUCACCUGAGGGCGUCACAGAAACAAGAUGUGAGCAGCUCCACCCCUCCAGACUCCGACCACAUCUACCACACCAUCGGAGGAGGGCAGGGCGAUCCUCACAGGUCAUCGCCACCGACCAAUCGAGAGGCCGGAGGCGGAGACUCGGUGGAUUUAGGCGACAGAAGCAGGAAUUCAGUUUAUGCUCAGGUCAGCAGAAAGGGGAGACAGGCCACGCCCCCUGACUGUAUACCUGAGGUGGUACAGGUGGUGGAGGAGGAGCCUUCACCUCCGCUGCCUGACAGGAAGACGGAGAUGGAGGGAUGACGGACGAAAGGACAGAGGAGAGAAGGAGGGACGGCAGCUAAAGGACAAAAAGACAAAUUCAGAAAAAGCUGAUUCCAGUUUAUUUGAACACGAAGAAUCAUCCAGUUUCUUAUUGUUGCACUUGAAAACAACAUAAUUUCCCAUAAUGCACCUGGACAGUGUUUUCAUAGGCGGAGGGGGAUGUUAAUGUGUGAAAGUGGUGAAAUGCCCCUUUAAAGAAAGACACACUGAAGCUUUAAGGCCCAUAAACAGUAUAUAAUAAUCAAUAGCUGCUGAUCACUUUCCAAUCACUGAUCAAUUGAUUUGAUCCCUACGUGUCCAGAACACAGUGUUGUUGGGGAACAGGAAGUCUGUUGAUUAUACAUUGAUGUUUGAGUGAAAACACACAGAGGUCUGUUGGUGGUUGCUACGGUAACGGGAUGAAGAGGGGCGGAGUCUCAGACAAACCUUUCACAUGCGGGUCAGCUGGAUUGUGAUGACUCAUCAGAUCAUCAGUGACCUCUGGUAACCUCUGGAUGGAGACACCGUCAUCCUGUUUGUCACGUCUGUUUCUUCUCCACGGUUUCAACAUGUCAUGUGAUGGCUCUGACGUCUGCAGGCUCGUGAUUGGUCCAUUCUCUGUGACACAUCAGAAAUGAGUUUAGCUGAAUCAUCUCGUCUUUUCUCGUUAGUUUCCGGUAAAUAUGUUUAAGUUUUAGUUUUAAUUUUCAGACUCUUCAGAACAUUUUAAAGGUGAAAUGAUGAGAUGAAUGAAUGAAUGAACUGCUGAGAGAUUAAAUUAUGUUUCUGCUGUUUGUCUUUAUCAAA